AUGCUAACGCGGCUGCGGCUGCGUCAGAGGGCGGCUCCGGGCUGCGGGCUGCGGGCUGCGGGCUGCGGUGGAGCCGGGGCGCCGCCCACCUCGCCGGAGCCGCGCCGACACCGCCGGGAGACCCGCCCGACCAGGCCGCCGCCCGGACCACAGCCGCGGGAGCAGGGGGCGCGGGACGACUGCGCGGGCCGGCGGGGACCCCCAGACAACCCGUCAGGGCCGCCGAGGACCCCAGACUCCCGCCCAGGCCGCCGGUACCCCCGACACCCGCCCUGGCCUCCAAGGACCCCCGACACCUGCCCGGGGCCUCCAGGGACCCCUGACACCCACCGGGCGCCCCUGACACCCGCCCGGGCCUCCAGGGACCCCCGACACCUGCCCGGGGCAUCCAGAGGGACCCCUGACACCCACCGGGGCCUCCAGGGACCCCUGACACCCACCGGGCGCCCCAGACACCCACCCGGGCCUCUGAGCACCCUAGACACCCACCUGGGCGCCCCAGACACCCACCCGUCGCCCCAGACACCCGCCCGUCGCCCCAGACACCCGCCCGUCGCCCCAGACACCCACCCGGGCACCCCAGACACCCAGCCGGGCACCCCAGACACCCACCCGGGCACCCCAGACACCCACCCAUCGCCCCAGACACCCACCCGUCGCCCCAGACACCCAUCCAUCGCCCCAGACACCCACCCGUCGCCCCUGACACCCACCCGGGCACCCAGACACCCACCCAUCACCCCUGACACCCACCCGGGCACCCCAGACACCCACCCGUCGCCCCAGACACCCACCCGUCGCCCCUGA